CAUAUCAAGGAUAAAUUAAUGGUCUUUUCAGUGAAAACAUUUCCAAACAUUGAAAUUAUCAGGUUUAAGAGUUUUAGUUUAUUAUGAUUACAUUAAAUAGGUGAAGGACAAUCGAAAUAAAAUAACUUAUGGUCGGUCAUAUCGUACAUUAAAGUCUAUAUAUUGUACUUUAUUUUUAAACGAAGUAACGCUAUUAUUCCUUUAUUAUACGGUCACAAACGAAUGAAUUACUUUUUGUUCUGAUGAACAAAGCAUCUCGAAAUUUCUCUGUAGGUAGGUGAUAUUAAACUUCAUUUCGAUAAUUCUUGAUCAUUUAGAUUGAUACUGAUUGCCGAGUGAUUAUUCGACUGAAGUAGUUAGAACAUGGGUUGCGUUUACCCGAACACUUACCUACCUCGACGGGCGAUAUUUGUUAGUGUGUAAGUAGGUUAAAAUAAGCUAGGAUCAGCCACAAUAAGACAUGGCAUCGAUCCUUGGAGUCAUUGACAGCUAGUCUAUGUCAUGUUAGUUGACGCUGACUAGUACUAUUUUGUGUGACGAUCCACAAUGGCGUUUGUGUAUAUUUUAACUCGUGUGGUUCAACGCUACAGUUAUAGACUUUACUAAUCGACUGUUCGGAAUACAUCUGACUCCUGCAUGACUGAAUUUUUUAAACUAAAUAGUUAUGAAAUAAUGAUCAUUUUUGUAAUAUCUAUUCGUUAGUACUGACUAAAUUUUAUGUAUUAAAUUUGUUUUACGAGUAUUUAUCUAAGUAGCAUAAAUGAGAAUAGUGAAAUAUUUACUUGAAUAGUGAAUAAAUACCACAGUUUUCUGUCAGUUUUGCUUCGUAUUUACGAAGUUUCCUUAUCUAUAAAGGUUAUUCUUAGGUGAAUUACAGUUAAGUAUUUUGUCUGAUUUUUAUUUUCUUCAACUGAUCAGUCCUAUAUGGUGAUACAGCAAAUUAAGUAAUAUUUGAAGCAAGUGAGAACGUAUAGGCAGUAUUUUUAAGGUGCAAGCUUCUUGAUACAGUGGUAUUUCAAAGUUUGGAAAAUUACUGUCCGUUAAGUAAUGAGGAAAUCUACGGCGAGACUAUAGCAUAGGGAUGAGUUUAAAAUGACCUCAACAAAUUUUCAUCAAAUUUCUAGUCAGUCAGAAAGUAGCUUUUGUAAACAGAUAGUUCGUAUAAGGAAAAACAUCUAUUAAAGUCUCCUAAAGGUUACUCUAGCUGUAAAUUGAAAAAAAUUACUUAUAAAUUUUUCCUUAUGGAUGUAAAAUACUAAUCUCGAAUUUUUAUGAGGACUUGAGUGGAUAGGGUUAGGUAUGUAUAGCAAGAAUCAGGGGUUUAAGAACAGGAUCUUCAUCUCCAUCUGAUGUCAGAUAUAAUUCAAAAAGGCAGACGAGCGAUUUUCGUGCAAAAAUACAGUAGGCACUAUAAAUCUAAAAUAUAAUGUCAGUAGGUUAAGGUAUUUGAGGAUAGUACCAGUCCUCUGUUUUAUACAAUCUACAGAGAAAGGGUUGUUCAUUUUAUGCGUUCAACGCUAUCAUCUUCACUCUAUGAUUUUUCGCUAUGAUUUUAAAUGUUUUGAGUAGUGUACGAAGAUACUUUGCCUUCUCUUAAUAGUUUAUAUUCUAAUUUCUCACAAAAUCCUAAAAAUCGCGUUUUUUAUUCUGAUUUGCUUCUUCUUAUACUAUAAUUUUACCAAAUCUACUUAUCCUAUUAUAGUAACUCACCAGCAAACAGUUGUACACUUGUGUAAGUGUGAAGUAAAUUUUUUGGCACUAUCAAUAUAAUCAUGUUCUACUUUUUUAUUUAUCUCAUCAGCUGAAGAACAUGAAAAAAUUUAUGAAUAUGAAGGAAGUGAUGAAGAGGAGGAGGAGGAAACUAGUGCAGCUGUUAAAGGAGCUGCUGCCGCUGCUCUAGCUAUGUCAGCUGCUGUUAGUGGCAAUGGUCAAGCACAUCGUUUACCUAGUCAAAUUAGCCAUCAUCCACCUCAAUUUCGUCAACCAACGGAUAAACCUCCCCAUAAUCAAGUGCUUCGAACUAGUGGAGUUCCUGAUCAAAACGAAGUAGCAUCGUUUGUUUCACAACCAUCUGUAUCUGGAUUAAACUAUAGACAACAUGGACAUAUGAUACAAAGUGGGAAUAUUGUAAAUGAUAAUGUACCAGUGAAUCCUCGAUUUAUCUCACGAAAUCCUAUGUCAGUAGUUAAUAGGUUACCUGCUGUUACGCCACAAUCAAUGAUGCCGCAUAAUAGUCGGUUGCCAAGGUUAGAUGAAGGUGAGUCAGCAACUGUCAAUGCUAAGGAACCAGGUGAAAAUACACUUCGUCAAAAUUUCGCUCGUUUACAGCAGGUUCGUAUUAAUAAUUGUGGAUUGAACGGGGGAUUACAUAAUGCUUCAGGAGUGCAACAUCAAACUGAUGAAGUGAAUGGUUCAUCUAGUAUAGUUGGCAUGGGUAACCCUGCUAGUUCUCGUCUUCAGCACAUUGUCGCACCGAAGUUUCCAUCAACCCGUCCAACAAGCCAGGCUGUACCACAUUUAGAUCUUCGUAAACCACCAUUAGAAUCAGCUUUACCCCAAUCAAUCAUCACAUCAACUAGUCCAGUUGCUAACCAACCCAAGUCAUCGGUAAACGCAAGUAUAUCGAGCCCUGUUAAUCGGUCUAGUGGAGCUGCAAUGGCUUUUGCUGUUACAACUAGUACUACCACCACCACGACUACGACAACAUCAGUGCCAACUAGUACAACAACAAUGACGACGGUGACGACAACAACAAGUGACGUUUUUAAUUCUAACUUUGCUCGUCAAUCAGCAACAUCAAAUUUACUAUCUGGAUUCAGCAAUCGAUCUUCAGCACACCAAAUAUCCUUACUUGGUGAAAAUGUUUCAACUAAGAACAUCACUACAACUGUCACAAAUAACAGUACAUGUAUAAGUAAUAAUCAUAAAAUGCAUUCAAAUCAACCUGGACUUCGUUCACGUGCAAGUAAACAAUUGUCUAAUCGUCAAAAUUCAGGUGUUAUCCCCCAAAAAUUACAUCAUGCUCAUCAUUUACAUCAGCAAAACAAUCCAAAUCACAUAAGUAAAAAAUCUGAGGUAAGAUUUCACAUUGUUCUUGUUCAUUUAAACUUGAUUUGAGUAACUUAAUUUGUACAAUCAGUCAUUGUCUAGCUCAAUAGCGUGAUAUAUAAUUAAACUUUUUUCAGGGGAAAACAGUUAACAGUAACAUACAGUCAUGUUUUACAUACUGUAUUGUAAUAGUAUAAUAUCCAGGUUGUAAUUUAUACUUGUAUGUUUGUAGUUAGAAAUAUUUAUCUGUGGGAUCAGAACUAGGUUACUGAUUAUAGCAAAGUAUUCGCCAGAAGUUAUUGUUUUGUAUUUGAUCAAGCGAGAUGUGAUAUUUCAAUAAUUAUAAUGUUUAUUUUAUAAUUUCCUCCGAUUUUUCAGUCGAUAUGAGCUUGGGUUAAUAACCAUGUUUAAUAUUGCUAAAUCACCUGCAAUCCGUUAAUCUGAAAUUAUAAUUUAUCUUUUCAUUUAAUUAGUCUUAAUUUUUAACUAUUUAAAAGAUUCUAAGUCGAUGACUAUAUCAUGCUUCUUCAUAAGCCGUACCAAUACAUAAGAAUUCUGCAAGUUGAAAGUAAUCGGUUACCUCUAUAAUUCACUUUUUGUUUAUACUUUACACUUUGUACGAAAAAGAAAGUGGCAUAAAUUAGUUUAUAUAUUCGUGAUGUACGAAGUACAAAACCCAGUGUCUGUAUAAAUUUGCCUAGACAGUAAUAAUAAUAAUAAUAAUAAUAAUAAUAAUAGCAGCUUUAUCAUUUUAAUAUAUGCUAACUUAUGGUAAAUGAAUAGAUUAUAUCGAUUCAAUUAUAUAUGUUUAGUAAUGACUUCAAUAUAUUGUUUUCAAAUAUCAUUCACUUUGUAUUAACUUAAUAUGAUGAUACAUGACAACCGGGUUAGAAAUCAGUUCAUUCAUCAGUCCACGGGAUAUGGGGUUCGUUUUUAUUCAUCGGUUUAUUUUAAGACCUUAUUUAGAUUUAAGAUUGUUAUUUUUAAAUGCAGAUUCCUUAAAAGUUUUUGUUUUAAAAAAUAUCUAAAUCUAAAUACCAUACUUAUUAUAAUCAUAUACUUAACAUUCCUCAAUUUUCCAUAUUUCCUUCGAAAUAUAUUUUUUAUGCGUUAUAUCCCGAUUACUACUACUACUACUUAUAUUAUAAUUGUUUUGGGCUUUGUGUUCUUCAUUUUGUUCUAAUUUCUAUCCUCAGUAUGUUUAUGUGAAGUGUGACAGCUUGAACAACUACAUUGUUUAUGCUUAAUAAAUGAAUGUAUUUUAAAAAAAUAAUUAUGAUUCUCUUGAAAAUUCCUCUUGAUCUUAAAAAAAAUGUUCUGGUGGAUAUUUGUUUGUUGCUACAGCUGAUGUAAAAUAGUGUCCCUUAAACUUGAUUUUCAAGUCUUUUUAAAGUAUUAUAUCUUGUAUAUGCUUUCUUUUGUUUUAUAUAAAGUGCUUGCAUCAGUUUCUUAUUUGUGGUUUUUAGUUUACUAAUUUCAAUACUAGUGGACGAUCGUCAUAUUUUUAUUUCACAUUGGGAUUAGGGAAAUAGUUUUUUUUAACCUUUAUUCCAUUGAACAUUCUUCAAAAGCAUUUCUAAUGGAUUUAAUGUAAAAGCAGUGAUUUCGUCUACUGAUAAAGAGUUGGAAAAUUGUAUGGAGAAUUUGUAGUUUGUAUUUCUUUAGAUAGAAUAACCGAUUCAAAAAUACUGAGGAAUAAUAUACUUUAGAUUUCAACAUUGUUACUACACAUAACAGUUCUAAAUUUCUAUAUAUUGUAGGACAGAUGUUGUACACCAUUGCAAAGUAGUGCCAUGUUAAUAGUGUUGUAUUCUAAGUACUAAAGGGUUAUAUAAGGGAUUAGUUGAUACAUUACAUUGAUCAGAACUUGUCUUUUUUAUAGGCAUAAAAAGUCAUUCAUCACAUGUUACCGAUGCAUUUGAUUACCUGGUUUUCCCAAUAAUCACGUCUUACGUAUGAAUUCACUUGUCUAUGUAUUAAGUAGUAAUGUUUCUCACUACAGGUUAUCCAUAAAACUUGUAGAUUUAGUGGGUAAUCAUGGUUCUCAUUUGACUGUUUCAAUGAAUAUAAUUCUUUUUUCGUUUCAUAUAAUAUAAAGAUAUCGCGUCUUGAGGUAAGUGAACUUUGUGGUUUAUGUAUUGGCGUAUAUUUGCGAACAUGUCUUUUUUAAUCAAUUGUGUGUGUAAAUGUAUACGCGUAUGUGUGUGUUUGUUUCAUUAAAUGAUUGAUAAGGUAAGAUUAGCUUUUUUCAUCGAUUCAAUCCGAUUCGCUAAAGCCAGUCACACCCCUCCUCUUGCUGGACCCCAUAGCCCACAUUCCAAUUUUCUUGUAUGCUCUAUAAUAUGGUAUGCUGUACAUAUGUACCCUUUUUCCUCCCUUCCUUUUACUCUAAUUGCUUGACUUAUCUAAUUAGUUUUGACUAGAAUGAUUUUCCAUAGAUAUUUGAUCAGAUUGCUUCAUGAGUUAGAUCUGUAAACUUUCCAUUUUCUUAUUUGCAUUAUCUUAUUACAGUUUUACAUUUAUGUAUGUUUUUUUAGAAUAUAAUGUGAAACUAACAUAUGCCUUUCCCUUUUUUAUCUUCUCCCUACUUUUGCUGCGCUUAUCUUGCCCAUUUUUGCAUAAUGUACGAUUUCGUCGAUGGCGGUACCUGUCUUUUACGGAUCUGGAUGGGUGGGGGUUAUGUCAUAUAAUACAAUUCACUUUUGAUGUUACUUUCUUGUCUUCGUAUUCGUUCAUCCUCGUUUCAUUACGUUUUUGAUGUAUCACCAUAAUUUCAUUUUCGGCUUGUAAUUAUGCACCUGUAUGUGUAUCGUUAAUUCGGGUCACUGUGGUAUUAUACAUCUGUUCAUCAUCUGCUAUGUGUUCAUCUUCCCUUCUCAAACCUUCAUCUUCUUUCACUAUAUAUCAUAUGGUAAAUUAUACUGUUCAAUGAAACUAUCACAACAAACCGAUUAAUAAAAAUGAAUGUAUUAUCACUUCUGCUGUCAUUCUUCUAUUAUUUUGAAUUGAAAAAUUCUGAAUGUUAAAACUUGUGUUGUCCCGUAAUUUUGUUUUUUGUUGACACAUGGUAUCUAUAUAACAUAAACACUGAUUGUGUUUUCUUGUAAAAACCGAUUGAUAUGGUAAUGUUUUGGAUGAUAAUCUGUCUGUUGGUGUUGUAUAUCUACACGAAUAUUAUAUAUAUCCAUUUCUAAAUAUAAACGGUCUAUUUUUGUGGGUUGUUGGUUGGAUCCGCUUUUUGAUGAUAAUAGUAUGGAAAACGGAAUAACUUAUUAAAAUCAAUAGGAAAAGCAUCAUUAUUACCUGUUCUAAGUAGUUCUGGUGUUAGUAAUAGUAUUGUCAAUAAUAUUGUUACUAAAGUGGGCACUAUUUUGCCAACAUUACAAACAAAUAGUGAACCGACCAUUUCUUCGUCAUCACAUAUCGUUUCAUCUUCAUCUGCUUAUUUAUUAACUUCCUCUCCUUCAACGGUUGUUUCAUCAACAGAUAUAUCAUCUGAGCAUGUUAGUACGCAACAGUUUCAUAUUAAUUUAUUCCAAUGGCUUAAACAAACUCAGUUGAAUCCAUCGUCUGCAUCAUUAGUUUAUUUAAGAGAACAGCUCCGACAUAAUUUAUUCUCUCAGCGAUCGCAGGACCACCAACUACAACAAUCACAACAACAUCAUGGAACUGAAUCAACUAUACCACUUCCUACAACAUUAAACUUAAUGACAAAAACAACAUUAACUACUACAUCAAAUAUUGUUCAUCACUUCCCAAGGCAACAACAAACAAAUGUAUUGAAUGUUUUCAGUCAUUCAGAUGAAACUGUACGAACUACUCAACCGUUAGUAGAUAAUGAUUGGUUUGGGUCUAAUGUUGACUUAAUAGAAGUAAAAAAUAAUGAUAAUAACAAUGACAAUUUAACUGCUGCUGAUUUAUCAUUUAUUCAGACUAUAACCUCUGAAUCAUUAUCAACGUCGCCAAAACCACCUCUAGGUCCAAGAUUAUUAAGGCGUAGACUACCAAAACCAAGACCAGAUGAGUUUAUUGUUGUUGAAGAAGGAGAUGAUGACGAAGAAUUAAUCGAGAGCGAUCAAAAUCCCACUUCAACAUAUCAUUUUAACUUAGAUGAGAUCUCCCGCAUUUAUGACUCAUCUAUAUCUGUUAACUGGGAAAAAAUAGACUUUGUAAAAAAUGAACCAUCUCAACCUAUUACUGAAUGUAAUAACUGUUUAAAUGUAACUGAAGAGGAUAAUGAUAGUCAAACAAAGCCUGAAGAAAUGAUUAGUUUGCAAUCGGUAGGAUAUUUUUCACUGUGUAGCAUCUAUGAUGCAUAAGUGUUAUUAUUAUUAUUCUAAUGUUUUCCUCACUUACGUGCAAUGUACAUUCAUUUAGAUCAUUUCCUCUCCCAUUCAUUUUCGUUGUUAGUAUAGUUUGUGUGUUACUAAUAUUUUUUUCAAAUAAAUUGGUUUUAACUAUUAAGAUGCCUGUGAUAUAUUCGUUCUAUCAUUAUUAUUAUUAUUAUCAUUGUCAAUAAAAUCUCAGUCCUGAAUGAGUUAUCAAUGUUUAUAGUACCCAUUGUUUUAUAUUAGUACUACUGUUAGUAGUACCUAUUUGACCUUUUGCUUCACUCUUCAUAUUGUGGUAACAGUAUACAUCAUAGUUUUGUUCCUUGCGUACUUUGUUUAAAUAGCUUUCAAUGUUGUAAUAUGAACAAAAAUAUCGGUAUUGUCUUUUACCAUUAUCGCAAUAUGGAAUUAUUCUCUUAUUAUUUUUUUAUAUUUUUUACUCCUGUAGGAACUUGAUCAAUUAGCCGCACAAUUGACUAAUUUAGGCGCUGUUUCACCUAGCCCUCAUCGACAAAAUAAUCGAAAUCAGUUGAAUGGUAAAUCCGACACAAAAUCAAAUGAUAAACAACCAUCAUCAUCACAACAACAACAACACUACCAGCAACAAAAAUCUUAUGAAAAUAAUAAUGUAAAAUCAUCAACAUCUAAUGAAUUAGUUACAUCAAUGGAAUCAGUAUGUGCGGUUGAAAAACUGAAUCGAUCUAGUUCACUUUCUUCAACAUCAUCAUCAUCUUCUUCGUCAUCUACCACUAAUUCUUCUUCUAUAUCAUCUGAAUUUCACGGUAAUGAGGGUUCACCAGUACAUGUGGAAAAUAAACAUUCAACAAGCAACUCAUCUACAAUGAGUAGAUCUCAUUCUGUUGGUUCAAAUCAUGAAUAUCACACGUCAAGCACUUGUUCUUCAUCCUCUGCUUCUACUAUUUCUUCAUGUGAUUCUAAUCAACGUAAAAAUCAUGAAAAUGCGUGUCGAGUUAUACUGAAUGGAAAACGACAUUCAGAAAUAGAUCCUCGUCGACUUACUGUUGUUGAGAAUGUUCGUGUGUUGAAUAACAAUAACAACCAAAUGAACCAUAAUACUAAUGUUGAUUCUAAUGAGCUUGAUGACUUAGAUAGAAUACAAAGAGAUCCAGUACAAUUCAUCGCUUCUAAUGAUGACCAGAUUGACGACUUUAACUAUGGAGCUUACAACAUACAGAAUGAUGAGGAGGAUGACGAGGACACUGGAGGCGGAGGAGAGGAAGAGGAGGAUGAAGAUGAAGGUGAUGUCAUCGUUGUUGAAGAAGAAGAAGAGAAUGGUGCUGAUCUAGAAGAGGCUGAACAGUUAAGGGCUACUUUAUCUAUUGUUCGUACACGUCAAAGAUCAUCAUGUGAUGAAUCGAUAAGAAAUGUUGAUGGUGAUGUUGGUAGUGCUGUCACAAAUGAAUCCUCAUGCUAUGUAGACGAUGGAACGUUGUCCAAUGCAGCAGUGAGAUGGCAUAAAGAGGGGACCUUUGACAAUGUGGUGCACUCAAUAAAUCUUAUGCCUAAUUCACCAAUUAUUCAGCCUCCACCGCUUCCUCCACGCUCUAAACGUCAUUCUUUUUACUUAGAAUCUCACUUUCCUAAACCUGUACACCGAACUGUUGUGGUUUCACCGCCAUGUCAUAUUUUAUUAGAGUUAGGUUCAUCCAAUCAGUCAAGACGUUAUUCUGCACCAGGUCUUUCAAUUUUAAAGUAAGUUAUUUUUGCCAUUAGUUUUUGGUUUGUUUUAGUUAAAUGCGCCUAUGUUCUGCAUUCCUUGAAUUAUUUCCCCUACUAUCAUCACCAUCACUACCAAAAUUAACAAAGUCAACAACAAUUAAAAUGUCUUUUUUAAAGCUUUAAAGUUUCAUAUUUUGAAGUGUUAUUUACCCCAUAAUAUAUGCAUUUGUUUGGUUCAAACUAUGUGUGCGUGUGUGUGUGUGUGUAUAUAUGUACUCAUACAGUAAACGAACACCACACAAGCUAAGAGAUUGUUUUUUCAUCAAUAUUGUGUGAUUACAAUUAUUGCUAACCAUUAUAUUGAAUUAUUAACAAGUAGUUUUGCUCAUUUGAUCACUAUAAUUCUAGUAUUUGUGUGUAAGUUUUUUUUAAAAUGACUAGCGUACUAUUUAUGUAUUCAGUGUUCCAGUAAUCGUUAGUUAUUUUGAAAUAAUUUGUAUUGCAUUAAUUUUUUGUGAAUCAUUCACCCCUAAAUGUUUUGUUUAGUUUGAGGGUUUGAUUUCUCGGUUCCCAGUCAUUCGGUUGACGAUUUGAAAACGACAUUGUUUAGUUUUUGUUUAGGAAACCUAAUAAUCUAUCAGUGAUGUAACAAUAAAUAUGGCUGUCUUAUACAUAAACUUGUAUUUAGUUAGUGAAUUUCACAAUUUUUAUCGGCGGUAGAUCGACUAUAAACCGAUGCUAUUGAGAAAGCACUUGUUUAUUGAUGGUGAUGUUCGAUAGUAUUUUAACCAAAAUUGCAAAAUUGUGACCGUUGGGACACAAUUACUGUUACACAGUCUAGUUGUAACCACAUGUGAUUUUUUAGCUUCAAAUUUGAAUUAAUCUGUUAGUUUUUACUAAGAAGGCGGAUAUUUAAACUAAAUUGAUCCCUUCUUUAUCAUUUAUUUAUUGCUAUUCUAUUAGUAAGUUAACUUUAAAAAAUAACAGAAUAUUUGACCAUAAUAAACUUGUUAUUCUUUCUAUAUAAUAAACAAUCAAUAAGAUUUAGCCAUCGAAUGAUCAUGAAUUUAUUCAUUCGCAGUUUAGAAUUAGGUAGGUUAAUAGUUAAAUAUUCAUCACUACAUAGUAUCUUUUUUAGUGAUAAUAGUCUGUUCUAUAAGUUGAACAGUUUUCUUAUGAUCAUUCUGUACUGUCAUGUUAACCAACUAAUAUAACAGAUAGUUUAAGAUAUUCUCUCUCUCAAGUAUACUACGAUAUGUUAGUAUGAUUAUAAGACUAGACAUGUUAUAUCAGAUCCGGAUUCACGACCUAGAGUAUAGGCUAAACAGUACAUUAUUCCACUUAAUUACGAGCAGUCAUUUCCAGUGAGUUCGGAGUACAAAUCAAUGACAAGAGUGGAGAUCGCAAAUUUAAUAGUCAGUAGGCUGUUUUUCCAUGCUCAGUGACCAGUCAUAUCUUACUCCCACUACCAAAUAUCACCAACUAAAUUUUGUGACGUUGUUUGGAAUGGACAGUAUCCUAAUGGUAGAACUACGUUACUUUGAACUACUGAAUUGAAGGUUCAAAUUCCAACCGACCUAUUUCUAUCCAGAUAGACGGCUUAUCUAACUAACUUGAGUAAAACAAUAUAGGGGUAUAAUAAGACAUUUGUAAUUGACCCAUUCACCUGCGAGAAUAUAAUAACACAAAAAGGAUCCUAUUACGUUACAUAUUAAUUUAAUCAAUUCUAUAACUUUGUUUAUAAUGUCCGAUCUUGUCGAUUAUAUCAAUGGAGAAACGGAAUUUCUAACUUUUAGUACAGUUAGUUUGUUUUUCAUAAUGAUAGAAGAACUGUUAUACAUUGUUGACACUCAUGCACACAGUGAUCUAAACCAAUUUUUAAGGAUUUCUUCCGUUCAUAUAAACUUGUUUUACUGCCCAAAUGUUCGUAUUAUAAGGUAUUAGAAAUAAAUCCCAGACUAGUCAAGCAUAGAUACAGACUCAACAUUAGGGAAAAAUGAAUUCAUUGUUUAUUUCUUUCAUACACAUUUAAAGUAUCUUAUUAUUCUGCACUUGUUUUCUUCAUCUAUCUCUUCUCUGCGUAAAUGUUUAUUUUUCUAAGAGACGUGUUAACUUACAUCAGCGCAUUUCUCAGUUAAUUUCUAGUUUUUCUUAUAUAUUUGGGACAGAAUUCUAUUGUGUUUUUUUUAGCUAACAGUAGCUCAUUAUAAGGUCAGUAAUUUUAUUAUUGUCAUCUGCAUAUAUAUAACUAAAGAAUAUUUUUGCUGGUAAUGAUCAGAAUUAUUCAACGUUAGAUAAGUUUUAAUAGGUUUUUUUCAACCUAAUUCAAUCAAUAACCAACUCAUUAUAGUUACUAGUUGUGAAUUGUUCCAUUUUGUUUUAUUACGAGGGUUCAGUUUGAUUAAUGUUAGUGCUUAGUUUUGUCUUACAUAGAGUACCGAUAGUUCAAUUUAGUGGCUUGAUAAGGUGUCUGAUUCUAUUUUACUAACUUUGAUAUAACUGACUAAACUGAUCAGUUGGUAGUUAAUGAAAUUAAAAUGGAUUUCUUCCUAAUUGUCUAAUCUAACUUACACCAAUUUUCUCGACGGUUUUAUUUCUUCCUUGAUUUUCCCUUCAUGGUUUACUACACAGUCAUUCGUUUUACAUUAUGUUUAUUAUUUUAUACUACCGUUUUCAGUGAUGACUUAUAAUGAAAAAUAGAAUUCGUUUUUCAUCUCACCCCUCAGUUAGCUGCUUUUGAAUGGUAUUAUGUUAUGAUAGAGCAACUUGUACCGCUUUUCAGUUAGAAUCACUAAACCCUUGAGCUGUUAAAUUCCAGAAGUACACCAAUCAGCUUCCUAUUAGUACUGAAACAUCUCAAUCUUCCCUUAAACAUUUAAUUUAAUAUUGUGUCGUUCAUUUUUUCUGAAUUUAUCUGUAGUUUAAAUUGGUUGUAUCGUUUGGAAGUAUUUCUUACGGGGAACAUUCUUUCAUAUUACAUGUGUCGUUAACAUUGAUAUUUCACUGGAUUGGUGAUCAGUGAAAGAUCUCAACAAGCUUUCAUCUAUUGCCUGCACAAAUGCAUAGAUUGUAUGAGGUCGUUAAAGAUAAUGCGUAACUAUUCACAUUCAAAUUGAUGCAAAAUGAGUUGUGUUUUUUUUUUUCAUUAACUUGUUACCCGAUAAAUUAAUUGAUUGAGUAGAUCAGUGAAUUCAACCGUAUUUUUCUUGUAUGAUUACUUUAUAUACUAAUAUUUAAUCUGAAUGCUCUUUGUAUUUUGUCUUAUCCACCACAAAUUUUCAUGGGUUUGCCACUUCAUCUAUAUGUGAAUACAACAGACCAUCAGAUGAAUUUGCCAAAGAAACUUUAUGCAGUUUAGCAUCGAUUAUUGAGUCUACAUCUGGGACAAUUGACCAAUCUGGAUCUAAUGUUAAUCCAUCAACUGGGAAUAAUAAUGUUAAAUACACUGUUUCAAAUGGUUAUCCAAACACAACUGAUCUGUCUUCAUGUACAGAUAAGGUGAAAGUUACAAGUUCAUCUCAAAAUGUUUCACAUAUUGGUGUCCCGCAUACAUCGUCAUCAAAAUUAAUUACAAAUGAAAAAGAAGGAUGUACAAAAAUACAAGAAACUCGAUCACCGUCACCACCACCACAUUCUACAGAUGCUACUUCUGCUGUUCUAGGCGGUCCGUAUAACAAGCCAUCAUAUCAACCAACUGAUAUAUGUACAAAUAUACCGACCAACCAACAUUCAUUAGGACAAUCCAACUUAGCUCAGAAAACGAGUCCACAAAUCUCUCCUCAGUCUGUAGUGAUUACAGACUCAAAUCAAGCACUUCCUAGUUCAGUUUGGUCAGUUCAAACAAACAAUAAUCUUGGUUCUCGAGUUUCAGAGCCAAGUCCACGUGGAGGUCAAAAAUCGAAAACCCAGGUGAUUAAACUUGACCUCUUUUUCUUACUUGAAUGCAUUAGAGUUGAUAUAUUAAAAAAAAACUUUUUCUACUUACCUUGUUAUCGUUUGUCCUUUUAUGACCUUCAGUUAUUAUUCGUUCUUUAUUUAUUGUAUCAAUAGACUAUAAACUUAUUUAAGGCUAAAUAUUUUAGAGCUCUAAGGAGAUUUUUAAUUUGUACUAAGUUGUUAACUAAUUUUAGUGUUAUAUAUCUCGAACUUUGUUAAACAGUUGCUGACACGUCUGACCAUUUUAUCAAAAACCAAUGUCAAUAAAUAAAGUGUAUUAACACAUACAAAAUGGGACUUAUAAAGUUAGCCAUUUAUACAUAGUGAAUACAGCUGUCUGUUUCUUUUCAUUAGCCCAGAUUGUCUAGAUACAUUACUUAAUUAUUGUAUUUCAGGACGAUUUUCGUCACAAAUAUACAUAGGUUAGUUAGUCACAAAGAUUUAGUAGUUGCCAUAAUUGUAUUUUGUCAUAUAUACUCAUCUUCAAAUUUCAACUGAUCAGUGUUUGAAUUGCAAAAUCUAGUAAUUUAGUGGAUGGUAUAGUAUCUUUCAAGAUGUUUAUUCUGACACAUGCAUAUAUUUAUUUGUUGAUCUGUAGAAAACACGACUCAUUAUUAUCAAUUCACGUGCAGUGAUUUAUCAUGGUAGCUGCUUUCAAAAAAAGACAUUCGAAAUUCACGUAGACUGAUUCCUUAAAAAAAAAUUGAACAGUGUUACUAUCAUCAACUAGUACGUAUUAUAGAAUUCAUUGCUAGUAAUAAUAUUUUUAAAAAUACCAAUAUAACUAAAUAACUAAAGAUAUCACAUGCUCUCGUGCUGACGACUUGAACCGAACGAAUAAUGAGUUGUACAUCAUAUGGA